UGUCCGUCCUCCAUUUUGUCUCUGUUCAGCUGCUCCGUCAGUUUCUCCUUUUGUUUCUCUUUGGUUAAAAACAGAUUGAAUUAAACUAAACUCCACAAACAAACUUCGGUUCGUCCGGAACCUCACGUGUGUGCGAAGCAGAAGCACGUGACCGGCGCUGUGAUGGCGGCCGACCGGCGCGAGGACAAAGAUGGAGAACUGAAUGUUCUGGAGGAUAUUCUGACUGAAGCUCCAGAUCAAGAUGAUGAACUAUACAACCCAGAGACCGAACGAGAGCUGACGGACAAGAAAGGUACAAAGAGAAAGAGUGAACGCUCCGGUAGCCAGGACCUGAAGAGGCCCCGCACCUCGUCAGGCCACGCCCCUUCUAGACCGUCCUCCACUAAUAAAAGGGGGGUGGGGCCUCCACUCACUGCCUCCACUAAGAAAGCGGUGGCCUCCAGCCCACGAGGUCGCCAUAGCAACGCCGCCGCUGCCACGUACAGACACGAGUACUAUGACGAGCGAAAGGGACGAAGAGGAGCCAGAGACGGAGUGAGGACCAGGGGGGAGGAGACCAGGAGGACCAGGGAGUCUGGGAGGAGCCUGGACCUGAACCAGAACCAGAAGCUGCGGCGUGACGAGCGGCGAGCAAGCCCCUCCCCCCAUGAGGAGGAGGCCCAAUCAGAUGAAGAGGCUGGAGUAGAGUACGGCUCCGACCAGGGCUCAGGAAGCUCCUCCCCUGUCGCCUCGCACGUAGAGGAGGAGGAAGAUCAGGAGGAGGAGGAGGAGGAGGAAGACGAGGAGGAAGAGGAGGGCAUGGAGGAAGACGAGGAGGAAGAGGAGGAGGAAGGGGAGAAGGAUGAAGAGGAGGAAGAGGAAGAGGAGGACGAGGAGGAGUACGAGCGUCGAGGCGGCGAAGGAAACGACUACGACACACGCAGCGAGGCCGGAGACUCGCGAUCGGCCUCCUCCGUCAGUUUCUCCGAUGACUGCGAGUCAGCGCACUCCGGCUCCGCCUCCGAGGAGUCAGGUUCAGAGAAGAAACGGGAGAAACUGUCAUCGUCGGUCCGAGCUGUUCGUAAAGGAAUGGAGAAUCCAACCAACAAACUCAGAUACAUCCUGAGAGACGCACGCUUUUUCCUCAUCAAGAGCAACAAUCAUGAGAACGUGUCCCUGGCAAAAGCAAAGGGUGUUUGGUCGACUCUACCGGUGAAUGAGAAGAAGCUGAACGCAGCGUUCCGCUCGGCCCGAAGCGUCGUCCUGGUUUUCUCCGUCAGAGAGAGCGGCAAAUUCCAAGGUUUCGCCCGCCUGGCGUCGGAGUCUCGUCAUGGCGGUUCUCCCAUCCACUGGGUUCUUCCUGCUGGGAUGAACGCCAAGAUGCUGGGCGGAGUCUUCAAAAUCGAUUGGCUGUGCAGACGGGAGCUUCCCUUCACGAAGACCGCCCACCUGUCCAACCCCUGGAAUGAACACAAACCUGUCAAAAUAGGACGUGACGGACAGGAGAUCCAGCCGGACAUCGGCGCUCAGCUCUGUGCCCUCUUCCCUUUGGACGAGAGUGUGGACGUCCACCUGGUGGCUCGCCGCGUUCGUCACAAGCGUCGGACGCCGUCGGAGCCGCGGCCCCGAGGCCGACCGCCUCAGCGUGAACCGGGAAGGCGUCGUCCUGAAGAGUACGACCUCCACGGCAGGAAGAGACCACGCACCGACUGUCCACCAGAGUUCAACCAGAGAGCAGGUUUUAUUCAGGACCUGCGUGCCCAGCCGGUGGACAGACGCUUUUCCAGUGUCAGACGAGACGUGUUUCUGAAUGGGUCCUACAAUGACUACAUGAGGGACUACCACCACAGCGUCGGCCCCCCCGCCCCCUGGCAGACUCUGGCGGCGUACCCUGGUGUGGAGCAGCCGCCCCCCCACCACCCCCCCUACUACCACCACAGCCACCCGCCGCCCCCCCCACACCAGCCCUACCAUCACCACCACCACCACCCGCCGCUGCCGCCACACGAGGCUCCACCCCCUCGCUUCAGAGACAAACAGAGGGCGGCGCAGACGCACCGCGCCUUCGUCUCCAGUCCGCAUGACUACGACAUGCGCGUGGACGACUUCCUGCGGCGGACGCAGGCAGUGGUCAGCAGCCGACGGGAACGCGAACGCCAACGAGAACGUGAGCGCGGUGGACCGAGAGACGCACGCCGAGACAGAGAGCGAGAGCGAGCGAGGGACAGGGAGAGAGAGAGGGAGAGAGACAAGGAGAGGGGGCGGUAUCGCAGGUAGAGGGGCGGGGCCUGAGCAGGCUAUGGAACCACAUGGUCAGUUUGUUUUUGUGACAUAAAAUUACCUUUGUCAGAACUUUUAUUUUGAAGGUGUGUAAAAGCAGAAGUGACAUCACAGCAGAAGAAAAAACACUGUAACCUUCAGCCUUUUUUCCCCCCAUGAUUCCCUGUUUUUAUGUCUAAGUUUUUAACUGUUUUGGUAAACAGGAAACACCAAAAUAAAGUUCAUUUUCUGAAGUUUGCCCCAAAUCAGUGCUCUUUUAUUGUGAAAUGUUACAGUGAUUCCUGUCUUUCAAAAUAAGAGUCUCACUGAAUGACACAAAAUGUAUUUCCUGUUUAUUUAUUUUUGUUUAAAGUUUUUGUUUGUUGCUUUGUGAACCACUGUACUCUACAAAAUAAAAGCAUAGUUGUGAUCA